AUGUUUUGAUUUUGAGGUUAUGGCUCGUGCUGAAAUUUAGCUAUUUGUAUUAUAAAAAAUAGUUACCGUUGUUAUUAUACUAAUCGGAAUUUCUAUACCGAUAUACAAUGUCGCGUAGACCAGAGUUUCAGGCGCCACCUGAGAUUUUUUACAAUGAAGAAGAAGCAAGAAAAUAUACACAAAACUCUCGAAUCAUCGACAUUCAAGCUCAGAUGACAGAAAGAUGUUUGGAGCUGCUGUUGUUACCUGAAGAUACUCCCUGCUUGCUCUUAGAUAUUGGCUGUGGGUCAGGGCUCUCUGGAUCAGUAUUGGAGGAAAAUGGUCAUAUGUGGAUUGGAAUGGACAUCUCAAAUUCUAUGCUUGAGGUAGCACUGGAGCGAGAGACAGAAGGUGACUUAGUCCUAAGUGACAUGGGAGAGGGAGUCCCAUUCCGAGCUGGUUGCUUCGACGGGGCAGUGUCCGUGUCAGCUAUCCAGUGGUUGUUCAAUGCAGACAAGAAGUCCCACCAGCCUGUGAAGAGGCUCUACAAAUUCUUUAGCACAUUAUAUGCUUCACUGUCUAGAUCAGCAAGAGCAGUAUUUCAGUUCUACCCUCAGAAUGAGACUCAGCUAGAACUCCUCACAUCCCAAGCUAUGAAGGCAGGCUUCUAUGGGGGUGUGGUCAUAGAUUACCCAAACUCUACUAAAGCCAAGAAGUUCUUCUUGGUGCUUAUGACUGGAGGGUCAGCACCACUCCCUAAAGCUUUAGGAACUGAGGAAGAAAAUAGUCUGCAAGUAAAAUAUGCCAGGAGAGAAGCUGGCAGGAAUGCAAGAGGCAAACCUCUAAAGAAUACCAAAGCUUGGCUUCUAGAGAAGAAGGAGAGGAGGCGGCAGCAGGGCAAGGAGACCAAACCCGACACCAAGUACACUGGCAGGAAAAGAAGUGGAAGAUUCUGAUAAAUAUUUAUUUAUACUUAAGAUUUACAAUAUUAAUUAAGAAAUAAAAAAUGUAAAUUAAA